AUGGGGCUGACUCAUCAGUGGCUGGUAGCUUUGUGCAUGUUCAAGAUGAAUUACCAAGCCUUUAUAAACAGGCAAAUCAACGAGAUGAAGGUCAUAUAUUCUGAAAAGCACUGUCUUCAUAAUCCCCCAAAGGAAUUUGAGCUCGGCCGUUUUGUACCGUACAAAGAGUGCACUGGGCGUGUCGAUAGCAUCCUCUCAAGUUUACGUGCUCGAAAUCUGGGUGAAAUAGUGGCUCCAAACGACUAUGGUUUGGGCCCUAUUGCAGCGGUUCACUCUAAGGAAUUCAUAGCGUAUCUUCAGAACGCUUACGAGGAGUGGGUCAAAGUGGGUGGCAACCCUGAGGGUGUAUUCCCAGAUGUGAGUGCGGUGAGGGAUUUUGCCAACCUGAGGAAAUGGAAGCAAAACCCGCCUCAACGUAACUUCCCCUACUCACGAGAUGGCGGUCCCUUGGGAAGACCUGGUUACUACUGUUUUGACAUGACUGGGGUAAUCGCCGAAGGCACCUUCCAAGCUGCAUAUGAGGCUGCACAGGUAGCAUUGACAGGAGCAGAAUUACUUAUAGAGGAAAAGGCGCACGGGAUUUUCGCAUUGUGCAGACCACCAGGCCAUCACGCCCAGCGGGAUCUAUGUGGUGGCUAUUGUUUUUUUAACAAUGCGGCUAUUGCCGUACGACACCUCAUCCAUGUAUUAAAGGUGGGGAGGGUUGCCAUCAUCGAUAUAGACUACCAUCACGGUAAUGGGACACAAGAGAUCUUUUAUGAGAACAGUAAUCCCUUAUAUGUCUCCCUCCACGGAGCAUUGGACUACCCAUUUUACUGGGGGGCGGAAGAUGAGGUCGGAGAGAACGAAGGAGCGGGGUUCAAUGUCAACGUUCCUCUCAAAAUGGGAACACAAGAUAAGGAGUACAUAGAAGCCUUGCAAACCAUCAUUGACACCCGCGUCAAAGAAUACAAUCCUCAGAUAGUCGUUGUGUCACUGGGUGUGGACACAUACGCCAAUGAUCCAAUUGGCGGUUUCUUUCUCACAACACCCGCCUAUAUUCAAAUCGGACGAGCUCUAUCCUCGCUGCGCUGCCCAACACUUUUUGUUAUGGAAGGAGGAUACGCGGUGGAAGAGAUUGGGGAUAACGUGACGAAUGUUUUGCAAGGCUUUGAGAACUAUAUCGCGGCCUGUAGAUAG